AUGUUUCGCUGCGGCCGGGUCCUGACAUCGGAAGGUUGCAGAAAGGCUACUCCGCAGUCGCUCAUGGCGUACGGAAAGAUGAAGCGUUACAUGCGGGAUAGAGGGCAUGGUAUGCGGGCACCUCGAAAGCAAAGCACUGGACCUGUUAGAAGUGGAUGUCACCUUCGACCUCAACUAAGAUGCAUUGUUCUGACCCCUCCCUCGCCUUCUACCACUCUCUACCGCCGCUCAACAGGCAAGAUCGAGGUGCCCACCUGGGUUGACAUCGUCAAGACCGGUCACUUCAAGGAGCAGGCCCCUUACAACCCAGACUGGUUCUACGUCCGCGCCGCCGCCCUCGCCCGUCACAUCUACCUUCGCAAGGCUGUCGGUAUCGGCCACCUGCGAAAGUUCCACGGUGGUGCCUCCAACCGCGGAUUCCGCCCUUCGCACCACGCUGACGCCUCCGGUUCGGUUCAGCGCAAGGUCGUUCAGGGUCUCGAGGGCAUCGGUGUUCUCGAGAAGGACCCCAAGGGUGGUCGUCGUAUCUCGCAGGAUGGUAUGCGUGACCUCGACCGAAUCGCCGUCGCCUGCCUCGAGGCUCUCGCUGAGGAGGACGAGUCCGAGUCCGAGGAGGAGGCGGACGAGGAGGAGGAUGACGAGUAA